CUCCAUCGUCGGAGUCGUUGGAGAGGGGGUCAUUCUGCCCUGCCACGUGGGAGCAGACAACAUUCCCAAGGAGUUCUCCGUCCAGUGGAUAUUCCAUGGGCAGUCUCAAAAAACAACUGUGAGCAGAUAUGAUGGGAAGAGCAAAAAGGAGACACAAGGCGAGAGGUAUCGAGGCAGAGCAGAGCUCUUCCGUGGCGAAUUUGGAGCUGGCAACGCGUCUCUGCACUUGAAGAAUGUCAGGAGCUCCGAUGAAGGAUCGUACGCGUGUGUGGUCUCUUUCAACGACACGUACCAUGACGCGUUGAUCGAGCUGCAAGUGGCAGCCAAAGGUGGCGUGCCUUCCAUUUUCCUGAGGAGUCACAUGGAGCAGGGCAUCGUCCUUACCUGUAAAGCAGCUGGAUGGUUUCCUAAACCUCGGGUGAUUUGGCUGGAUAGCCAAGGCCAGGUCCGGAAGGAAGUGUCAACCACCAAGAUGACGGUGAUGCCCACAGGUCUAUACAGCGUCGUGGCUUCCAUGCACCUCAAGCCAGGCUCUGACCUGGAAGUCUCCUGCAGGAUAGUCAACGACCGGCUGAACGCAACGAUGGAGUCGCGAGUCAUGAUCUCAGGUGGGUGA